CUUUUAUGGACGCGUAUACAUAGUUUUUCUCAUCUGACAGUGCUUGAAAUUUUUAUAAAAUUUACAAAAUAUUCUGAAGAAAAAUCGAAAUAAGCAAAAUGAAUGAGGGGAGUGAAUACUCCAUACACUCUAUAUGUCGCAUUUGCUUAAAUCAUUUGCGAAACGAUCCGGCAUAUGACCUGUUUCUUGUCCCUGGUCUGGCCAAGAAACUUUGUGUGUGCACUUCACUCUCAGUGGAACAACACGAUGGCUUCCCGAAAAACCUUUGCUCCACUUGCUAUACCCGGCUGAACGACUUGCAUGGAUUUCAGAAGCAAUGCGUGGACUCUGCCCAAAAGUUUCAAGAAAUGGUCGCCAACAAUUAUUUCACACCUGUUAUUGCUGAUAUUAAUCAAAUUGACAAUGUGGAUAUUCUUCAAGUACCGCCCCCGGAUGGAGAAAUGGACGAAGAUCGCAUCAACUUCGAUCCACUUCUGAAUACUAAAAUAGAAAUCAUCGAAAACGAGGAGGAUGUCUUCAAAAUGCUAGAAGAUGUUGAUAAGGAUGUGGAGGAAGUGGAGAAGGCGAAGGAGUCCUCAAGCGAGAGCGAAGCCGAAAAUGACGAUGAUGAUGUUGAUUUUGAAGCAAACAGCAGCGAAUCUGACGACGCUAUGCCCUUGUCCCGUCUACGAAGCAGUACUAGAGCAACCAAAUCGAAGGCAAAGAAAAAAGCUGAUGAUGAUGAUGAUGAUUCUUCUAGCUCUGAUUCCGACAAUGAUGACGAUGACGACGAUGAUGAUGACGAUAAGCCCAAAACAAAACCAAAACGCAAACGCAUUCCGGCCGCUGAGCGACAUCUUCACCGUCUCAUCGAUUGUCACAUCUGUCAUCAGAAAUUCAAGAAGGCAAUUCGCUAUGAGGAGCACAUGAAGCAUCACAACGAUCUGUUGCCAUUCCAGUGUACUGUGGAGACCUGCAAGAAGGGCUUCACCACGGCUGGUGGUCUGCGACUUCAUAUGGAUCACGCCCAUUCGGAAUUCUCUGAGGUUCAUGCCUGUACAUUUGAGGGAUGUGACAAGACAUUCCCCAGAUCUGUAUUGCUCACGUUCCAUAUGAAGAAGGUGCACAAAGUGGCCAAGGCUGAAACCCGAAAUCAUCCAUGCACAGAGUGCGAAAAGGUUUUCCGCUGUCCAACAGCGCUUAAGAAGCAUAUGUACAAGCAUACUGGAGAGGAGCUGCCUUUUGCAUGUGAAAUCUGUGGCAAACGCUUCCACAUACACAGUGUGCUCAGGGAUCAUCUUUUGCGCCACGCCGGCGUGAAGAAUCACGUUUGUCCCUACUGUGGCGUGGGCAAGACAACUCGUCAGGAGUGGAACAAGCACAUAUUGACACACACUAGAGAGAAGCAGUUCCAGUGUCGCCAGUGCGAUCAUUCAUCUCAUAAUAAACAGGCUCUGUCCAACCACGUCAAGGUGGUUCACAUGAAGAUCAAGAACUUUGCCUGUCAAUAUUGCGGCAAGACAUUUGGCAAAUCGCACGCUUGCAAGAUCCACGAGAGACUCCACACGGGCGAGAAUUGCUGCGAGUGCAAGAUCUGUGGUAAGAUCUUCUUGUUCGAGAAGCGAUUGACAAAGCAUUUGCAGAUUCACGAGAAGCGUGAGAUACCACCACCAACAGCUGCUGGCAAUCCGACAGUCGAAGGAGAUGCUCAAACAACACCGACUAUGAACCAGGAAAUGGCAGAGCCUGUGGACAUCAAGCCCGUGCCAAUAGUUCCGCCUAAACCCAAAAACUCACAUCGAGUUGAGCGUGUGGACAUAUCUCAGCUGGCAGGCACCUCUGUCAACCCCAUACCUUCGGUUUCUGUGCCAUCCUGGUCGCCGCAGGUCAACUUUACCAAGAAGGAGGGACAGCACAUUUGUCCAGGUUGUGGACGGGGCUUCAACCACAUUGGCAACAUGAAACUUCACUACAAGAUCAUUCACGAAAAGGUGAAAGAUUUCGCCUGUCGCUACUGUCCCAAGCGUUUCGCCAAGGCGCAAUACUUGCGCAAUCACGAAUAUAUACACACGGGCGAGAAGCCAUUCGAGUGCAAGAUAUGCGGCAAACAUUUCCGUCAGGAGCAGGUGUUGAAGACGCACUUGAAGGUGCACGACAAGCCACCGAAGCCGCCAAAGGCCAAGAAACCACCCAAGCCGUCAGUUAGCAAAGCAAAGGGAUUGAAGGUCGAGCUCAACAAAAGGCAACCAAAGAUUUUCGAAGAGUUCCAGGAUCCCGCUGCAGAACGUGCGGCUGCAACUGCUGCUUUGCUCGCCCAACAGAUGGAAGAGAAUGAAGCAAAGCGAAAGGCCGAGGAGGAGCAACGUAAGAUUCAAGAGGCCGCCUGCGAGCAGCUGAACAGACUGCAGAAACAGGUGCAAAGCGAAAAGGGCUCCUACGAUAGCUACUAUGGACAGAAGGCAGAGGCUGAGGGGACUAGCUUGGAUGCCCUGAAAUUAGAUCAUGUGUAAAUGUCGGCGGUAAUAAGUAAGUUUUUGAGUGUAAGUGUGAGCAAUAUUUUAUAUUUGGCUAUAAAAUCUUCCAGCUGUCCCAGUCCCAAGUCCAAGUCCACUUAAGAACCUUUAUGAACUAUGCGAAUCCCUCGAAUGGUUACAUAUGCAAAUGUAUAACUUUAUCCUUAUCUUAA